UUUCCGCCAUAUUGAAUGGGAUUUUUUUGGGGUUUUCACCGGAAUUUUGGGAUUUUUUAGGAUUUGGGAUUUUUUGGGAUGUUGCAGGUCCCUGCUGGGCUCGGACCCCUUUUUCCGCGGUGCCGGGGGUGGUGCCCGAGCUGAGCUCGCGCCGCGUGCUCUGCACCGAGUGGGGGCGGGGCGAGCCCCUGGAGCGCUGCCGGAGCCUCCCCCAGGAGCGGCGCGACCAGAUCUGCACGGAGCUGCUGCGGCUGUGCCUGCAGGAGCUCUUCCAGUUCCGCCUGGUGCAGAGCGACCCCAACUGGGCCAACUUCCUCUACGAGCCCCGCGGGCACGCGAUGACGCUGUUGGAUUUCGGGGCGUGCCAGAGCUUCGAGAGGGAAUUCACCGAUCUGUACAUCGAGGUGAUUCGGGCGGCGGCCGAGCGCGACGAGGAGAAAAUCCUGAGCAAGUCCCGGGAGCUGAAAUUCCUCACCGGCUUCGAGUCCCCGUCCAUGGAGUCUCUCCACGUGCGGGCCGUGCUGCUGCUGGGGGAGCCCUUCUGGGGUCCCCAACCCUUCGAUUUCGGGGCGCAGGGCACGGCGCGGGGGGUGCGGGGGCUGCUCCCCCAGCUCCUGGGGGGCCGCCUGUGCCCCCCGCCCGCGCCCAGCUACGCCCUGCACCGCAAGCUGGGGGGGGUCUUCCUGGCCUGCGCCCACCUCGGGGGGCGCGUGCGCUGCCGCCGCCUCUUCCUGCGCCUCUACCCGCCACUACUGGGACCCCAAAAACCGGGGGGACCCCAAAAAGCCGCGGGGGGAGCCCCGAGAUCCGGGAGAGCCCCCCCGGGCUGGGGCAGAGGGGAGCCCCGCACAAUAAAGGGGGGUUGAACCCAAAAAUGGGUCUGGGGUCUUGAGUUUGGGUCUGGGGUCUUGAGUUUGGG